AAAAACCCAGAGAAAAAAAAACACAGGGCUUUAUAAACCUCCAAGCUCGGGCCGUCAGCAAGUCCCGACAAGAGUGGUGAAAUUACAGCCCUUCCUGCAGAGGAAGAAGACAGUUGGCUCCAGGGAAGGAGGAGAAGCAGUGGCAUCUCCCAGGCCUGACCCUGCACUCUUUGCCCCAACACCGCCUGCCUGCCUGCCUGCCUGCCAAGCUUGGCCACAUUCCGGUGAGGUUCCCACAGGCCUCCUCCGGCUUCUGUGACAGCUUCUCAACCCUCAACCCUUCCUGAAACGAAGGCUUCAGACUCUUUGCAAGCCUCUGUCUCCAGAGCAGGGGCACGGGAGCCCUCUGAUCCGGUGCCAGGGGGCGAGUUUUUUUGGAUAGAUGCAAGCAUCCGGACCACAUGGGCUCCGUCGGCGGUGCCAGGCAAUAGCGUGAGUUUCCGUCCCUUCUGGAACCCGGCUGCCUGAAAGCUGAGCUGGCUGGGGCAGAGAGAACCUGAAAGGGUGCAUUUAAUUUCAAGCCCUUCGGCUGGGUAGCCAAGAAGAACCGAGAAGGUCUUUGAGCAGUAAACGUUCAAGAGCUUCCUCGGCUUUGAGCGGCUGAGUUCCUGCCAGCAAGCAAGACGAGAGGAAGAAGAGGAAACGGUACCACGAUGGGGUCAAGAAGCGGCGACAGGCCACGGGGCUUCUUGGGGGCACCGGGGCUCUUCUGCUCGCAGCAGCUCUUCCUUCUCCUCGUGGUCCUCCAGCAGCUUUGCUCCGUCGGGGCCUUCUCCACUUGCAAGACCUUGGACAUGGACCUGAUGAAACGGAAGAGGAUCGAAGCCAUCCGGGGUCAGAUCUUGAGCAAACUCAAGCUUCCGAGACCCCCCGAAGUGGAAGACUCGGAGUCGCAGAUCCUCACCGAAGAGGUCAUGGCCCUCUACAACAGCACCUUGGAAGUGAUCCGAGAAAUGGUAGCCGAGGAACCGCAGGAGACCGUCCAAGAAGAAUACUACGCCAAGCAAGUACACCGCUUCAUGAUGAUCCCCAUUGACCACGAAAGCUACGGCGAUCGGUACAAGAAGGAUAACCAAAAUGUCUACUUUGGAUUCGAAAUCGAACCCAUCCGGAAGAUCCUUAGUGACCCCAAUUUGCUGUACCGUGCAGAGCUGAGGAUGCAGGCCUCUGGACAUGGUCAAGAGCAGCGACUGGAGCUUUACCAGCAAAAAGACCACUCAGGGAAUGAUUCCACUUGGUACUACCUUCAAGGGCUGUCGUUAAAGGUGAAGAGCGAAAAAGAAUGGCUGUCCUUCGAUGUCACCAACGUUCUCCGGUUGUGGCUCGCAAGUAGAGACGAGCUGGGGAGAUUCCGAUUUAGCACUCACUGUUCCUGUGAUGGCACACAAAAUGAUCUAACGAUACAAAUUGAAGGCACCACGCUCAAAAGAGGGGACCAAGGAUCGUUAAUUGGGAAGUCAAAGCAGCGUCCGUACCUGUGGAUCAUGGCCACCACUCCAGAACGGGCUGAUUCCUCGAGUCACAAGCGGAGAAAACGCGCCGCUCCAGAUGCAGAGUUCUGCAGCAGCCAAUCCCCGGAAGCGAAGAAUUGCUGCGUACGGCGUUUCUAUAUCGAUUUCCGAAAAGAUUUAAAAUGGAGGUGGAUCUACGAACCUAAAGGCUACUAUGCCAAUUUCUGCAUGGGGCCUUGUCCCUACCUCUGGAGUUCAGAUACUCAGUAUAGCAAGGUCCUCGCUCUCUACAACCUUCACAACCCGACGGCCUCAGCCGCCCCCUGUUGCGUCCCCGAUGAGCUGGAACCCUUGGGCAUCGUUUACUACGUCGGCCGCCAAGCCAAAGUAGAACAGCUUUCAAACAUGAUUGUCAAAUCCUGCCGGUGUAGCUGAGACCAAGGAUCGGUGGUGGACUCAGGAAACGUCUGAACGAUCCCUCUGGAGGGAAAGGAGUCAGGGACUGCGAGGAGGAAGCCGACUUUAUUUCCCAACACCCCCCCUCCCCCCGCUCUCUGCUAAAACCUCCUGCAUUUUUUUACUUUCGUCUUUUUCAUUUUUGUCUUCACAAAAAAAAAAAGAGAGGAAUCUUUCUCUCUCUCGUUUUUGGAAAAAAACAACAACACCCCACAACUUGUAUUGUUAUUGUUAUUAUUGUUAUUAUUAUUAUUAUUAUUUUAUUUAGUAAAUUUAUGUUUUUGGGGGAGGGGUGAGGAUUGUCUCUCUCUUUUUUUUAAUUCUUUGGCUCGGUGGUGGAGAGGACUUGCUCAGGAGAGAGAGAGGAAGGAAGAGGAGGAAGAAGGAAGAGAAAGAAGAGAAGCACGGACGGAUCCACCCAAAACAGGCCAGGAAGGAAAAAAACAACCCUUCCCUUGCAAACAGAAGCCAGAGGAACCAACUUGCUGCGAGACGGCAAAAGGAAAUAAGGAAUUAAAAUUCGAUCGGAGCCAAGAAUUGUAAAAGGGGAUAAAACCGCUGACUUUGGAACAGAGUCCUGAAUUGUGUAGCCCAGAAGAUCCAGUGGGAUGGUUGGUUGUUCUCCAGAUGCCCAAACUUUGGGGGAGUUCUCGGGUCGCCGGACGAUGCUACGAUUCUCUGCCUUGGGAUCUGGUUGGGGGAAGGGAAGACCGGAUAAACUCAGCUUUAGACUCUGUCUUGUGGCUCGUAGAUGUGGUCAUUUCGGACAAUAUUCGGACCUUGUUCUUGGGGAAAAAAAACAAAUUGCAACGGGUGAAUGACGGACUCUUCCCUCUAGCUUUGCUGACCCCACUUCCUCUGCUCUACGCUGGCUUCCCAGGGGUUAGAAGAUGCUGGAGGAGAAAUUGGAUGGGGGGGGGGGAAAGGGGGUUCUUUGGGGCUCAUAUAGUGCUGGCAUAACCCCAAAAAAGUGUGUGUGUGUGGAUGGGCUGUUCCAGCUGAGAAAGCAAUACAGGAAGUCCUCAACUUAUGACCAUAAAUGGGACCACAAUUUCCACUGCAAGUUGUUAAACAAGUCGUGUCCCGAUUUAUUUAUUUUUUUGGGUUAAGCGAAUUGCUGCCAUUGAGCAGGUCCUGCGGUCGUUAAACGAAUCCGGCUUCCCCCACGGACUUUGCUUGUCGGAAGCUUUGGAUAAAUGUUGGACAACCAUUUGUCUGAAGCGGUAUAGGGUUUCCUGCCUAAGCAGGGGGUUGGACUAGAAGACCUCCGAGGUCCCUUCUAACUCUGUUUAUUCUAUUCUAAGCCAGCUGCCAAGAUCACCAAUGGGGAUCCCCGUAAUCUCGAGAUACUGCAGCUGUUGGUUGCCAAGGGCCCGAAUUUUGAUUUUGCGACCGUGAGGGAUGCGGCGAUGGUUGUAAGCGUGACAGAGGCGAAGGUUACUUUUCGCAGUGGUGUCGUAACUUCGAGCCAUCGCUAAAGGAAUGUUCGUAAGUUGAGGACUCUCUUUAAAGCAGGGGUCUCCAACCUUGGCAACUUUAAGCCUGGCGGACUUCAGCAAAGCUGGCUGGGGCAUUCUAGGAGUUGAAGUCCUCCAGGCUUAAAGUUGCCAAGGUUGGAGACCCCAGAUGUAAAGCAUCACUUUCGCCAUUUUCGAGCCCAAACAUUAUGGGCUUUUUUUGAAAUUUCUGCAGAUUCUCAAUUACAGGAAAAGUUUGUCGGAACCGGGGUUGCAUUGAAACAUUCUCUCUUCAAAGCAAGAAAACUUUCUCCCCCAAGUUCCUGAGAUAAGGGAAGGAUCUCCCAAUUUUUCCUUUUUUCUCCCUAACCGUAACAGUGUCGGCAGUAAAUUUGGUGACCACAAGCUGGAUGGGGGUUUCGGCUCCAUCCUCAACGUCCCUUCAUAAAUGGCUGUAUUUAUGUAACAUGCAAUUUCCAAACCAAUAAAACCAUAUUGUGGCUUCA